AUGUUUUUGGACUUUGUCGACUCGUCGAGCUUGUUGCUUCUGCCUCCCCGGAAAGCGGCAGAGGCUCUUGUUGCGCAGCACAGGGAGCGCCUCAGCCUGGCGAAACAGCACAAGCAACGGGGUCUAGCUACGUGUCCACCACCUGCACACAAGCGCCUUCGCGGUCCGCGGCGUGCUACCACAGGCUGUACAACGCGGCUAGUGCCUCAAUCUGGGGGCCCUUCUGCAGCGGCCCCUUGUGGCAAUGAGGGAACCCUUGCUACGCUGGAGAGAAGUCUGGCUGCGAGGAACACGCUGCACAGGCUACGGCAUCAAGUGCUCGAGCUGCCAAAGCCCAACAGGCACGGAGUGGGGCUGAUAUACGGAGCGAGAAUGAGCAGCGAUGAUGGCCACGAUUACAGGCAAGCUGCUGCCGCCAAGUCUUCUUUCGCCGCCGCUGCAGCAGCCAUCGCGGCAGCUGCUGCUUCUGCUGCUGCGUUGUUAGAGGCUAAAGAAGGAGCAUGCGGUGUACUGUUGGCACUUUCAGCGUCCCACCUACUCGCUGCCGCUGCUGCCACAGCCGCAGCGGCUUGCUUUUGCGCUUCCUUUAGAUCCUCGUACAAGGCUAAUUCGAACGAGGAAGUGAAGCCCCACCCUUCGAUUUGCGGCACCGCAAAGGUUCCGAUACACUCGAGCGUUUCAUAG